AUGACGGAUAUUGAGAAUGGGUACUUCCUGGUCAAAUUUCAAAACAAGCUGGAUUGCGAGAGGGCUCUUUCUGAUGGUCCUUGGACCAUAUUUGGUCAAUAUUUGAUUGUACAACCUUGGUCGAUGGCUUUUGACCCUUCACAGGCUUAUCCAAUUGUGUUGAUGGCAUGGGUCAGAUUUCUUGGCUUACUUGGAUAUUUGUAUAAACAUAAAAUUCUUGCAGACAUAGGGGAAACAGUUGGAAAGGUGGUCAAGAGGUAUGGUCAUGUGAAAAGGAUUUGUACGUUUAAGAACGCUGGUCCACUGUUGAAAAGGAAACUAAUUCGUAUGAAAUGUCACCGGAAAAGCAAAGGGCCAGUGGUCCAGCAAAGUUUUGCUGUUCCUGGCAGUAGUAGUCAAACCCCAGCGACGACGACAAUGCAGAAUGGUUCCGACGUCGAGAUGACUCUUCAAAUCGAAAGCGGAUCUUCAACUUGUUUCUCAGUUCUGACCUCUGACGAGCGUGAAAGGGAAGAAGUGGCGGUGGAAGUGGGAAUUCUUGACUCCGGUAAACACUCAGCAGUGAUUCAGUCUAGGGUUGUGGGCUUGUUCGAUGGGAUCAAGGAUGGUGGGGCCAACGCCGACGCGGAUUCCAUCGCUAGUGAGGGAAGAAAGGGCAAAUGGGCUGAAGAAAAGGGAGAAAGAGAGCCAAAAGAGGAGGGAUUUGAAGGGUUCCGAUUCAAUGGAGAAGAGGGAAAGGGAGAGGAUAAUGGAAGAGAUUGA